AAGCUCUUAUAUGACAUAGCUUUUUUAGAUCAGCAGAAGAUAAAUAAUAUUCAUUUGUUUUUACAGAAACAUACUGCCUUUGCUACUUUUCCCAAUGACAGUUCAGCUGGAAAGGCAUUAUCAAGACUGCAUCAGCUGAGACUUUUAGGUCAUACUUUAGUUGUUGAAUUUGCAAAGGAACAAGACAAUGUUCAUGUUCUUAGCCAACCUUCUCUUUCAGAAAAAAAUAAAAGGUCAGAAGAACCAGUGAAAGAAGAGAAAGAAAGGAAAGAGCCAAGCUGUCUUAAAAUAGAGAAUGGAAUUGCUCCCAGCCAUGGGCUAACAUUUCCUAUAAACUCUUGCCUGAAAUAUCUAUAUCCACCGCCUUCAAGUACAAUCCUAGCAAAUAUAGCAAAUGCCUUGGCAAGUGUGCCUAAAUUUUAUGUACAGGUGCUGCAUCUUAUGAAUAAAAUGAAUUUACCUCCACCUUUUGGACCAGUUACUGCUCGACCACCCAUGUAUGAAGAAUAUUUACCUAUGCCUGUGCCGCCACCGCCUAUCCCUCCUCUGCCUCCAGAGGAGCCUCCUUUGCCUGAAGAAGAGGAAGAUCAGGUAUCUAGCAGAGAAGAAUCUGAAUAUGAAAGUGCCGAUGAGGAAGAAAAGGAGAGAAUGACUAAAUUGAUGGAAUUAGCAACCAUUCAGCCUAAAAGACCAACAACCACAAAGCCACGUGGUGUGAGAAAAAAGCAAAAGAUAAAAAACUUGCUGAAUGCUCCCACAUCUACUCCUCACAGUAAUCUGCACCCUAUACUGUCCCCUUCGGAUGUGUUUGAGCAACCACAAUCUGUAGGCCAUAAAAAAAUUAAGUUCCAGAUUUCUGCAGACAUUCCAGCUGUUCUUCAAAAAAGCUUAGAGAGAGAGCAGAAUAAUGACCUUUAUGCAAUGACGGAAGAAAUAACAACUAACGCAGGAUUUGGAAAGAUCUUUCCAGCUCCUAGCUCUAAUGAUAAAGAGGAGACAGAAGAAGAAGAUGAUGAUGAUGAAAUACUGUCAGAAUUUGUUUCUAGAAGGGAACUGGAAAAGGGCAGACUUUCUAGAGGAGAAAUGGAAAAACUUUCAAUUUUUAAAAAUUAUGAGCCAGGUGAUCCAAAUUGCAGGAUUUACGUGAAGAAUUUGUCAAAACAAGUUCAAGAAAAGGAUCUCAAGUUUAUUUUUGGACGAUAUGUUGACUUUCAAUCAGAAACUGAACGAAUUAUGUUUGAUAUACGUUUGAUGAAAGAAGGUCGCAUGAAAGGACAGGCUUUCAUUGGCCUUCCUAAUGAAAAAUCAGCUACUAAAGCUUUGAAAGAAGUAAACGGAUACAUUUUGUUUGAAAAACCCAUGGUGGUUCAAUUUGCACGAUCUGCUAGACCAAAACAGGAUUCCAAAGAAGAGAAAAGAAAAAGAUAGAACUAUGCUAAAGAAACAUUCCUGCGUAAAUACUGCAGUAAUACUGUCAUGCAGAGUGUAUCCUUUCUUGUUGUAUCCUUUUUUUGUACAGUGUUUCCCAUAGCGCUCAAAUAUCUCAAAGUUCUCAUUUGGUGCAGAUGCGGGGAGGAAUUUACACCUUUUUCAUAUAUACACAAUUUUGUAAAUCUAUUAACAUAGGUAAGACACUUAAAAAUUAUGAAGGGAACUUUUUUUCUGACAAACAGUGAAUCAGGUCACUUAUUUACUUAAAGGGACACCAUGAAUGUUCUUAGUUUCAAAAUGUGACCAUUCCUCCUUGUUCCUUCUGACUCCUUAUAAUUCAUUUUUACGGGCCACAUCCUCAGCUGGUGUAACCUGGCUUUGUUCCAUUGAUUUUAGUGGAGCUUUGCUGACUUAUAUCAGCUGCAGAGCUGGCCCUAGAUGUUCUUUUUAAUAAAUAGCAACUCCACACAGCAUGUUUCAGUUUUGAUGGGGUGGUUAUAAGCAGAAAACAAUCCUUGAAGUUGUCUUUUUAUCUAAUACUUUUAUGUAUUGACAACUUGUGUCUGAGUUUCUGAGAAGCGACCUGAAAUUAGUUUUUUUGUAACUUUUUUUAGAACAAAGAACAAAAAAAAUCUAGCUGUCUCAUGAUGAAGUAAUGCAGACUGACUGAAGCUAAACUUUAUUAUUUAGUGCUACCUUUGUUUCCCACUUUCUGGUAGUGUUUUGUGGCUACUAAUCUUUAUUUUCCUGGGAGGGUGGGGGUUGUACCGUAGCAUUCUCUGAUUAACCUUCCUUUUUUAAUAGUAAUAUAAACUAAUAUAUGUGUAGGAAGUUAAAUUUAGCUGUCUCAUGUAUGAUUCACUAAUUUUUUCUAUCUUAAGAUUUUCAACUGUCUAGUUAAGCUUCUGACAACAGAACAAAGAAAUUUUCCAGUAAUGUAUACGUUUUAACAUGCCUUUAUAAUGUUCCAGGUUCCUUUUGUGUUCCAUCUCUUUCAAGUGUUACCAAGCUAUGGGAAGAAGCAAUGUGAUCAUCAGGACUAUUGAACAGUGCGUAGUAGCAUUUCAAAUGUAUUUAAAACAAGACUUAAUUCUCUUCAUUUUUAAAGGUUCCAAAUGCUUUUAAACAAAUUGUAGCUUAUGAGAAGACAGAUAUAUGAAAAAUGCAUAUUCAUGUGCUUGUUAAAUCUCUAAUAAAUUAUUAUUUUCCCUUUCACUUUGCAUUCUAACUGCUCUUUUUUGGAGAGGAGAUGUUUAACUCUUACAGAAAUUCAAUACAGGUUACACCUCCAUGGUCCAGUACCCUUGGGACCCGACCAGUCUUGGAUGAGGGAUUUUACCGGACAAGAAGAGGUCAUUUCUGGCCUACAGGGCUGCCAGGCUCCUGGCCCCACGGGACAGCCUCGCUGCCUCUCAGUCCUACCAGGCAGUUGUGCUGCUGGAUGGCAGUUCAAGGCUGAGGUUCAGCUGUGCUGCCAGGAGGCAGCACCACUUCUGAGCUCUGACCCCUUUGGGGAAUUCUGCUAGGUAGCAGUCCCACUGCCAGACAGCCCCACCGCCUCCAGUCCUGCUGGGCAUCUGCAGCGCUGGGUGGCAGCCCUACUACCUCCAGCACUGCUGGGAAGCUCUGUUGUCGGGUGGCAGUAGGACUGCUGGGCUCCUGGUUUUGCUGCCACAGAGCAUCCCCACUACUGGGCUUCAGCCCCAACUCAGGGCUCCCAGCACAAGGCUUCUGUCGGGACUCUCUGGUCCUGGAACAGCCAUGGUCCUGCCAGACCAUGAAUAUUGCCAGAUCAGAGAGUCCCAGUUUAGAGAAGUUCAACCUUUACUUAAUUAUUUUACAUCUUUAUGCCACAGAGUAUUUGUCAGAAGAGACAUUCAGAGACUCCAUGGUGAAAACUCUUUUUUCUCCUCCUUGAGGAUGUUGAUGUGCUGUCUGAAAGCAAAAAUGGGAAUAAGAAUUGGUUUUAGUGAAUCAGGAAUUUUUGUUUUGUCUUGAAAUCAUACAGAACUAAUGCCCUGGUUUUGUGCUUGAGACACAUUGCCAUCAGCGAUUUUGUCAUUCACGUGAAUGCAAGUUGCUGCUGGCCAAUGUCAGUAAAACAAGAACCAUAUUUGCAUGAAGAGGCCUAAGUCCUGAUUGAAACCUCUGCACAUUACCAUAAAAUAAAUAUUACACACUAAUAAUUUUAAGCAGUGGUAAGCCAAAGGACCAUGUAGGCUAGCAUUCUUAUUCUAUUAUUGAGUCAGCAUUGCUAAAAAAACCAAUGCUUUAGACUAUCUAAAAGUAUCUUAUGUUACUAAUUUUUAGAACUAUAAAGUGUAGCUAGUUUAUAUAUUACCUGCUAAAACCGUGUGGGAAAGACUAUGUAAAAAUGCUCUGAUAGUGCAAUGCAAAUAUUUUGCAUCCCCUAAAAUCAGGAAUAAGGGAUCUUUUGGAAAAGGCUUUAUUUUU